AUGUCAAGUUCUCGUACUCAACCGCAGUUUGGGACACCGAAACGACCACGACAGCAAGAUAAUGAGGAUUUCGAAAACGACCCGGAUGUUCAACAGGUCACUGGGAAAAAAGCGAGGCGUCUUCGACGAAAUGGAGUAAAUCAAACUUAUCCAAGUAGAACUUGGAAUAAUUCGAAUAAUAACUUCAACUUGAAUCAAAAUUUUAAUAAUAAUGGUCGAGAAUAUAACUGUAAUCAGAGAUAUUCUCCUCAAUUUCAAGAGCUGAAUGAAAAUGAGCAAUCACAACAACCUAGUCAAAUUCUUGUGUCUCCACAAGUGUUAAGGUUUGCAGUGGCGGAUCGUUUUCCCCCAAUAAAGAUCGAGUGUGUUCCCAAGCUGGUGAAUCAACAACAAGGUGCUAAUUUGGUGAGAAGCCUAUUCAAAAAAAUUGAAAACGAUUUUAGAAAGUUAAAUACUCGGUUUCAAUAUCCAAUAGGAUUUGAACAUUU